AUGGCACCCGAGGACACCGACCCGGCCCCUGGCGGACCCUGGCCACCUCGCGGGGCUCGGGACCCCGGCCACCACGCCACAGUCACGACCGACCCCCAACAGGACACUCUCCCCCACGCACACGACAACAUCCCUCCGUGCCCCGCUCGACUGGACCCGCGCGGCCUCUCCUCCUCACCGGGGGCUGAGGCUCCUUCGCCCGGGGACGACCCCUCCCAAGAGCCCCUAGAGGCCAGGGAGGGGACAACGCCCAACAGCGACGAGGCCGGUUUCAGCCCCGAGGGAGCGGAUCGAGGUCACCGCGCGCCUUCAGCCGUCCAGGCAAGCCAGGGACAAGAUGGGGGGGGAGGUCAGCGGCGACAGGGGGAGGGUGCCCAGCGGGCGACGGCCGACCAGCGCGUGCGGAGCGGUUCCGGGGGGAAGGGCGCACCAACGAAGGCACGAGCCGGGCCGCCAGGUAAACGUGCACGGGAUCCCACCGCCACCAGCACGAGAGCGGUCCCGCGACGCCCGGGGACGCCGGCCAGCCUCAGCACCCUUGGCGCGCCUCCUCCCCCCCGCGAACCGGGCCCCACACCGCUGGGGCCCGCCCACCCCCACGGGACCCCCGCCGCAGGGGCCCGUUUUAAACCUCCGCCCGUCUGCCUAGUCCAUCCCGGAACCACGACCCGGGGGGAAGCGCCCCCCAGGCGAGAGCGGCCCGACCCGUGCCCAGACGUCACCGCCGGCGGCCACUCGGCACGGGAGCGGGCAGCAGACGCAGCCGCUCGCACGGCAACAGGGCAGGAGACGCACGGCCGCGGGGGAGUGGCCACGCACGCACGCACGCACUCGCACGCACACGGGAGCCCCACGUGCCAGACGCCAGCCAGGCCCGGCGGGAUCCUCCCCCGACUCGGAGGGGGGAGGCGCAGGCCGCGGCCAUGCUCCCAUCACCGCCCAGAAGGAACCUCGUGCCUCCACCGGGGCCACGAGAGGAGCGGAGACGGGCACAGCAUGCUGGGCAAAAAUAGCAGCAGCCCUCGGGUGGCCAAGCGCCACAGCGCUGGCUCGGCCCGGCACGAGGGCCUCGGAAAACUUGGUGAGAAAAUCGGGGGCGACGACCAGGACCCCACGCGAGCCCGCGGACGGAACCCUCGCGCCAUCCACGGACUUCCCCGCGAGGCUCAUGCCGGUCCCCAGCCGCCCGGGUGUGACACGGAAUACGUGGCCUGA